CUUAAAAGGAAUUGAAGAUCGAGGAGCUAAAUAUGACUUUCGUAACAGGAUUGGGGAAUUCGUGGUGACAUGAGACCCAUUGUGGCUGUCAUUGAAUAGAUGAGUCUCGCUGCCAUUGUUAGUGUUGGGUUCGAGGUAUUGUGAGUUCUCAGAUGUGCAAUUACAUUACAACCUUAAUCGCUUAGCAUACGUAAAUCAUGGACCAAUUGAGAAUUGAUGUGGAUUUUCCAAGUCCAGAUGCAGCUUCACAAGUGGGACUACUGCAUAAGGAAAUUGUUAGAAAAGCUAUGAUUUACAAGUUGUAUCAAGUUGAUGAAGAAGGAGAUGCUGAUAAAUUUGGUGAGGAGUUGAAGCAACAAUGUGAGGAAAAUAAGCUACGUUUGCCUGAUGUUUUUGAUAAAGUCACCCUAACAGGUGAUUCACUGCUUCAUGUGGCAGCAGAUUUGGGGCAAGAAAGGAUUGUGGAGAUGAUUUGUGAUCUCUUUCCUGUGCUUCUAACUAGGAGAAAUGUAAGAGGCGACACUCCACUUCAUAUUGCUGUGAGGUCCAAGAACACUAGUAUGGUCAACCUCAUUCUUUCCCAAUAUGCCACAAAGAAGUCAACACAUGAUGAGAUGAAAGAUAAAGAGAUAACAAGAGAAACAAAUGAAUGUGGGGAUACUCCUUUGCACGAGGCUGUCUACAGUGGGGAUGUUGAUGUGGUUAAAGAGAUUUUCGACCAGGAUAAGGAUGUAGUCCAUUGUUUGAACAAGUCAAAGAGAUCACCACUGUGUUUGGCAGUGGUGAAUGGUAAUGAGCAAAUUCUCAAACUUCUGUUGCAAAUUCCAUUACCUGCGGACCAGCCGCUUUCACAGUGUCGUCGAAGUUCUCCACUCCACACAGCUAUACAACAUCAAAAAGAAGUUAUGAUACAAGCGAUAAUAGCAAUAAGGCCCGAGCUAGUUUAUUUAAGGGAUGAAGAUGGAAAUACUCCCCUUCAUUAUGCAGUUGACAUUGGUUAUGUUGACGGAUUUCGUAUUUUAUUAAAAAAUUCAUUGCCAAAUAAAUUGGAUAAAACUGAUCAAACUGCCUUGGAACGAAACAAGAAGGGCUAUCUUCCCCUUCAUCUUGCUUGCAAAAGGGGUUAUGUUAAGAUGGUAAAAGAAUUCUUGGAACUUGAAUGGCCCAUUAAUCCUUAUAUUGUCCUCAAUCAAAAGGGUCAAAACAUUCUUCACAUUGCGGCAAAGAAUGGAAGAGGUGGUGUGGUAGAAUACCUACUAAGAAAUUGCAAAACUUAUGAUCUAUCUAUAACCCAGAAAGACUAUGAUGGGAACACUCCAUUGCAUUUGGCUUCCAAAAAUUUAUUUCCGGAAAUUAUCCACUUGAUUACAGAGUAUUAUAGGACUGGUCUGAAUCUCACGAAUAAGGACGGUUUAACGGCUCGAGAUAUCAGUGAGACCUUUGAACAUCCAAUGUUGCGUAAAAGAAAGAGUGUAUCCAUGGAGUUAUUAAAAAGAGCUGGAGUCCCUGUAAAUCACAUGUUGCAUUCUCAACGCCAACCACAGCCUGAAAAAGACACCUUUGAUUUUCAACUCCAAUCACAUGUACAGCCUGGAAAAGACAUCCGUGAGGCAUUUUUGAUUGUUGCAGCGUUGUUGGUGACAGUGUCAUUUGCAGCUGCUUUUACUGUACCAGGAGGUGUAUAUAGCUCUGAUGACCCAAACCCUAAAAUUAGAGGAACUGCAGUUUUUGCUCGUAAACCAUUAUUCUGGAUAUUCACCAUCUUCAAUAUCAUAACUAUGUAUAGCUCUGCAAUGGCAUGUGGAUUUCUGUCUCUGGGAAUAUUUCUUCAGUCUGAAUUAACUCUAACAAUUCAACCUUCGUUCUUAUAUUUGUCAAGUGCCUUUUUCACAGCACCAGUGGCGUUUAUAGCUGCUGUAGUUCUAGUUGUGGCCAAUAACCGUUUACUCACAAUUGUUACAAGCGUCAUUGGAUGCUUGCUCACUUUCUACACCGUUCUUUUAAUGCUACUUUCACUACUAGUAUCUCCACUAGAUGGAACUUCGACGACUGUUAGAAUUAUUAUAUCUAAUCCAAAACUUCGACGUUUUUAUGGCCGUUGGAUUCUUCCCAAGAUAAGUAUAGGUGGUAAGCCCAAAAUUUUUCUUCAUUCCAGAAAGCAAACAAGGACAAGGACAAGGACAAUGGAUUAAAGGAGCAUGUGCAACAAGGCAAUUGAGUAGAUGUUUU